AUGGCGGGCGGGGACGGCGGCGGCUCCGGCGUGCCCGAGUGCCGCGAGCACCUCUUCAAGGUGCUCGUCAUCGGCGAGCUGGGCGUCGGCAAGACCAGCAUCAUCAAGCGCUACGUGCACCAGCUCUUCUCGCAGCACUACCGGGCCACGAUCGGCGUGGAUUUCGCCCUCAAAGUCAUCAACUGGGACAGCAAGACCCUGGUGCGGCUGCAGCUCUGGGACAUCGCAGGCCAGGAGCGUUUUGGAAACAUGACACGAGUGUACUACAAAGAGGCAGUUGGGGCUUUUGUGGUCUUUGAUGUCACAAGAGGCUCCACUUUUGAGGCUGUUUCAAAAUGGAAGCACGAUUUGGACAGUAAAGUGCUACUUCCCAAUGGCAGCCCCAUCCCUGCAGUUCUUCUCGCAAAUAAGUGUGACCAGAAAAAGGAUGGCAGCCAGAAUCUCUCCCAAAUGGACCAAUUCUGCAGAGAAGGUGGCUUCGUUGGGUGGUUUGAAACCUCUGCCAAGGACAACAUCAACAUAGAUGAAGCUGCUCGAUUCUUGGUGGAAAACAUCCUUGCAAACUACAAAACCUUUCCUAAUGAAGAGAACGACACAGGGAAACCAAAACUGGACCUAGACCCGUUGAAAGCGGAGAGUAAAUCACAGUGCUGCUAAUGCUACCACUGCUCAGUGUGAACAUGAUGGAAUGAGCAGCAAGACUGUUCCUUAAAUCACACAGCUGCUAUGGUGCUGCGUUGUGACAAUCCACGUGGGGUGCCUGGUAUUCUUGGAAUAGGUGAUGCUUGUGGGUGUUUACAUAUUCUCAUUUAUCCUGGAACUGAGUAUGUUGUGAGUGAUAUCAUUCCACUUUCUUCAGUGGCUGUGUCUGAGUAGUUUCUUACUUGAGAACAUAAGGUAGUGUUUACACUUUCCCAUAAAGGAUCAAAGGCAACAUUUGAUAUGUAGUUUGUUUCUACAACAUGGUAUAAUCCAAAUAGGACUCACACAGCAUGGUUUUAGCUGAAUAAGCACUUAUACCUCUGCUGUAAACUUUUUCUUUGUCACCAGUGAUGUCCCACUCUAAUCUGACUUUUCACUUGCACUUAUUCCUAUUUAUUAUCCUCAUCAUGAGAGUCUGUCUCAUAGCUAAUUCUCCUUGAUCAAGACAUCAUAGAGAUCUUGAAAUGGGUAGAAAUAGCUGACUGCCAAUGACAGGAGAUUUUUUCUUAGUGUGUUCACUAUGAGUAGUAGAUGGCAGAUUUUGCCACUAAAUAAGAACAAAAUGAGAAAGUGACUGUAUUUGGGAAGGGAUGGGGAAUAUUACAGAGGUAUCAACAAAAAUGCAUCUCUAGCCGUUAAGGCAAAUAUUCAGCUAAUACUUAAACACAUUAAAAAUACAGUUGUGCAGCUGGCACAAUAGUGAUAAUCUCACCCAUAUGCACACCGAGAAAUAAGCAUCAAGAAACUUUAAUGCACUAACACUGAAACUGGCAAGAGCUGUAAAAAGUAGAUGAAAUUGAUGUUCAUUGGUAAUGAAUUAAAAACCCCUAAAUUCUAACCUUUUCAGUUUUAGAACAGUGCUGUACUCUUCUGACUACUUGGAGCUGAUGAACUGGCUUACCAGUCUGUAACGCAGUAUACUGAGAUGCUUCAACUUUUUGGGGUUUUUUCCUCUCUUGUUGCAACUUGCAUGCACUGCUGGUAGCAGAGGAAGAUCAAAAGGGAGCAGAGACUUGCUUUUACAGUUCAUGCAUAUGUUCUUGAACUCUGGCUCUGCUUUGCCAAGAAGCUUUGAAGCCCACUUUUAUCUUAAGGGCUUCUUAAAUCCUGUUGCCUUGAUUGCCACUGACUUCUGAAAUCUUAGCUUGCUUGGCCUUAUGUAUUGGUGUUUAAACGUAAGCAUAAGUUGUGCCAGAUUGCUACUUCAAUAUGUAUUGAGAAUUCCUUGUCUGUCUUCUGAACAUUUUUAAGAGACAAAUAAAUAUAUUUGGGCAUCUUA